UUUUAUUGUUUUUGUUUUUGGUUUUUUUCUUGUAUUGGAUUUUCUUUCUUGAGACGAUAUACACGAAACAUUUUGAGUGUUUGGUUCGUUUUCUAUUUCUGUUCUUCUGUUGCGAUCGUGGAACGGGAAGAUCGGAUCGAGCGGUCUCGCAGUACUCGAACCCUAGACGGAGCUCUCUCCGACGAACAGAGUGGGUUCGGGACUCGGCCAUUGUUCUCAGCGCUCUGAUCGAUCCUCUGCACGAAUGUCUGCGGGUUUCGGCGCCGUUUUACAGUCGUUGGUGGUGUGAUUUGUUGCAGAUGAUUCGAGGGGAGAGAGAGGGAAGGGCGGAGGCCGUGUGAUCCGAAGAGGUUUUGGAAAAAUCAGAGAUAUUCCGAGUGAAAAGAAGAUGUCGUCGUCCAGCUCUCCGUGCGCUGCGUGCAAGUUCUUGAGGCGCAAAUGCACCCAAGAGUGCGUGUUUGCGCCGUAUUUCCCCCCCGACAACCCUCAGAAAUUCGCAAACGUCCACAAGGUGUUCGGCGCCAGCAACGUCUCCAAGCUCCUCAACGAGCUUAGCGCCUCCCAGCGCGAGGACGCCGUCAAUUCCCUAGCCUACGAGGCCGAGUUCCGCCUCCGCGACCCCGUCUACGGCUGCGUGGGCCUCAUUUCCAUCCUCCAACAGAAGUUAAAGGACGUGCAGGCCGACCUCCUCAACGCCAAGAAAGAACUCGCCACUUUCAUCGGUCCUACCGCCAUGCUACCGGCGUUUCAACACCCUCCCACCGCCUAUCUCCAUCCCCACCAGGCCAACCCCUCGCCGUCCCCGAUUCCGUUCAACGCCCCGCCGGGGACAAUGCUGGGCCUUCAGGCGGCGGGGCCUUCUCACGGCAACCCCUUGAUGAUUCGGGAUCCCCGGCAGAUGAUGGAUGCACAGCAUUCGCAUCAUCAGGCGCAGCACCAGAUGAUGGAUGCACAGCAGCUCGCGGCCAUGGUUGCCGCCAGAGAGCAGGAGGUGGCAAGGGGCUAUGAGCAGCUGCAACAGCUGCAGCACCAACAACAGCAGCCGCAGCACGAGUUUAUGAGGUAUAACAAUGUGGUGUUUGACCCUACAGAGACAGUCACUGCGAGUGGGUUCAACCAAAUGAGUGGUGGUGCUAUGUCGCCAUCUUUGGCUUUGGGGGGUCCCUAUGAGAACCCUUACCAGAUUCAUCAACAACAACCGCAGCAGCAAGAACAUCCCCACAAUCAUCAUCACCUCCAGUUUCAGUCACAGCUUCUGCUUCAACCUCAACAGCAGCAGCCUCCGCAACCACAACAGCAGCAAAGAUCCGGCAGCGAGGAGGGUAGGAGCGUUGGUCCUUCUUGAUGAUGUUUUUGCAGCUCUUUUACCCAACUCAAGCUUUUUAUUUCAACACUUUUUAAUUCCAGCCAUAAUUGCCAUAUACAAGCGUACAGAGAGAGAGAGAGAGAGAGAGAGAGAGAGAGAGAGAGAGAGAUGCACUUGAGAUUUGAAGUUCCUAAUUGACCAUUUUUUUUCCCUUGGGUCUGAAGAAGACAACCUCCUGGAAGGCACAUCUAGAACCGUAGGAUCUACAUUAAUUUUCACCUGUAAUUUUUAUUUAUUUUUGCUUCUUAGAUUACAUUUUGGAGCCAGUUUUUUUUUUUUUGGUUAAAAAAAUGCCGGACAGCCGUAAUAGUAGUGUUUUGGAUAGAAUAUAUGAUUUAGAAGUUAUCUUUCAAAA